AGACACGGGUGCAGAGGUUAUAAAGAGGUGAGGCCGAAUGCGAGGUGACAAGCACCGAGGAACAAAGGAUCAUCAUAGUUGUCUGUUGAUAAACUACAAUGGUGAAGAGCAAAACGAUGCCAGUGGGGCGUCAUGAACAUUGUGACCAAUGCUACAGUGUCCACUGCCGAGCCCCGGACCAGAUCUCCGUCUCCUGCAUGGUCAUCGAGUGUCGUAAAAACUGCGGCGCCAUCCUGCACAAGUGCAAGCAAGAGGAGCAUCAGCUCCUCUGUCCCAAUGAGACCGUCCCCUGCCUCAAUGCCCACUAUGGCUGCUCGCUCACCAUGCUGCGCCACAGGCUGGCCGAGCACCUGGAGGUCUGUCCUGCCAGCGUGGUGUGCUGCUCCCAGGAGUGGAGCCGCUGGCCUCUCUCUGAAACUGACCUGACCUGCAGGAAUCUCUCAGAAGACCUUGAACCUGAGCCGCACCUGGAUGUCGCUGUGGCUCUGAGGGACCAGGAGCUGCUGUUUCGAUCCAUAAAAAUGAAGAAUGUUUUUCCUGAGCUGAUGAUGGAGGACCUCCAGGAUGCUAUGUCUGGGGUCAACUGCCCUGCAGAGGAGGCAGCCUGUUCUUCAGAUCAUGGCAAAUUUACAGAGAGUAGCUGCACAAGGAUGGAGGUGGAAGAACUCGGUCAAGGGGAGAGGGCUCUGCCAAAGAGCAGAGACAUAGAUAAUAUUCACAACUAUGGCUCCUGGGAGAAAAUAUUCACAAAGGAGAUGGGAGGAUGCGAGGAAACUGUCAAAAACCUCAACAAGAAGGAAGGAAAAGAAAGGGAGCAGCGAGAAUCAUCAAACUGUCAGGGAGCGGCGAGAAACUCACACCUGAACCAGGAGAACGCUGCUGUUGCUGCUUCGAGCAGUGAUGGUACAACUGGCCUCGCGCCGUGGCAAGACGGGGUCCUGGAGAGGUUAGGCAGAGAAGUCGACGUGGCAGAAUAUAACAUGUAUCUGCGGCACAACGGGGCGAUGCUGAUUAACUUCGGCCAACUUGCAGCUUGCACUCCGAGAGAAAAGGAUUUUGUUUAUGGGAAUCUUGAGCCCAUCGAGGUCCAAACUAUCCGCUCGUUCAAAGUUCCCACCAGCUUUCGAGCAAAGCGCAUCCACACCAAGGACCCCAUGCACAAAGCCAAGAACGUACACAGGAGUGUCGACACUGCGGAUUUGGGCGUGCCGGUCGACGAGCUUCCGAAGUGCGACGAGAUUAGCGCCACGCUCCUCUGCUCCCUGGAAAAGGAGCUGAGAGGACACAUGAUCUCAGAGAGUAAGGGGGUGGACGGCCUUUAUGUGGACGUGGGAACACAAACAUACAACUUCAGCUCCGCUCCAUUCAAAGCGGAUGCGUCCCUUGCAGAUGUGGUGGCCGACAAACCUCGCGGCCUUUACAUUCACGUCGAAGCCGAAUCCGUCACAAGGAGACACAACAAAACAAACUCAGCCUUCACCUACAUGUGUGGCCACUUCUUUCGCCGCGAUGAAUACUGCUCUCACUUCAGGAAUGUGCACUCUGACAUACAGGCCUCUCUCGGCGGCUGGCUACAGCAGCGCUGCCCCUUAGCAUACCUCGGCUGCACGUUCGCCCAAACAAGGUUGCAGCCCGCAGGUCACCAGGCCGCAAUUAAAUUCUGCCAAGAUGUCAGAGCCUUCGUGCUCCAGCCGCUCGUGGCCUCGUCCCUCUGCGAAGGCGGGAAAACCUUGAGCCCUUGGAGAAACGGUGCACGUAAUCUGGAUCCGCUGAGCAGGCUGCCCCUGGAGAUCCUGCAGCACGUCGCCGGUUACCUCGACAGUUUCACAUUAUCCCAGCUGUCCCAGGCCUCGCAGCUGAUGAGAGAGCUGUGCUCCACGCUGUUGCAGGGGAGAGGGAUGGUCUCCCUCAAGUGGGAGAAGAAGACGUACUCCCACGGGGGAAGCGCCUGGAGAUGCCGAAAGAAAGUCUGGGAGUUCAGCUCUGGGUUUUCCUCUGUGGACAGAUGGAGCUUCAGCAGCGCUCCCUCCAUGUCAGACCACCUGAAGACCUGCUCCUUCUACCAGAGGGAGGAACGCACCGAGCCGGUGGUAUUAGCCGGCCUGCGUGAGGUCAGAGAGAAGCACGGAGAAGUGAAGCAGCAGAGAUAAUGCUCACGGGCCCCUGGAGCUCAGUGGGCGGACGGCAGCACGAGAAAUGCCAAGUGCAGAAUCAGUCGGACGUCAUAUGUGUGCAGCUACAAAACUGCAAAAUGGAUGAAGCACCCACAUAUGUGGCUAGUGUAUAGAAGCAGAGGAAUUCAGAGGCCUGCAGACACAUAUAUACACUGUAUGUGUGAAGAAUUUACUGUAGCAUAAGCUGCAUGUUACUUUUUUCAUCCACAUAUAACUUUUCCUGCAAGAAGGACGGUAGAUUUAUUAAAGUUGUGCCUUUUAUAGGUUUAUUAAGAUAAUAUAAAACACCAAAUGGAAGUUUGACAGUUGUCCUUGUACUGUUUUAUUCUCCUUUGUUGGCCGCACUGAGCAGAGACGUGUUGUUUGUUGCACUUUUUCUUUAUUCUAGUGUUUUAAAGACGUGUUUACAAAUUACAAUUAAGGGCAAUAGAUGUUGUUGAUCUGGUUUUUCAACAUGACAAGACUGACAUCUGCUGGAUAAAAGCCGAAGUGCCUCGUCCCCGUGUGGCCAUGAAACAAGUGUGAGUGCCGAACGUGAUGUCACGUGUCCCAUGUGUCAUGUUUGAUUAAAUACAGCAGCUUUGCUUUGUGCUGAGA